AUGAAGCAGAGAUACUAAAAUGAAAAUUAUCACAGUAAUAUCUAUACUCAUCGAUCAGAAAGAUCUAGUAGUUCUAACAUCUUAUAAGAUUUAACUAACAAUAGUAUUUUGUUAAAAUUAAAUCAAAUAGGACAAUUAUUAUUUACUAAAAAACCUAUUCGUGGAAAUAGAUAACCUAAACAAGAUUUGUUAUUAAAUGAACAUGAUAUUCAAUUACAAUAGAACAGAUUAUACAAACAAAAAAAAAUAUAAUAACUAAAAAUUUAGUUAUAAACUUUAAAAUAGAAUUAUGAUAAAUAAGCAAUAUCAUAAUUUAAUUUACAUAAAACUAUUGAUAACACGGUAAAAAAGUUACUUGAACUCAAAACUUAAAUUAAUAUCAAUCAUAUAGAGGAACCAUGGUAAGAUAUAAUUAAAAUGGAAAAAGAUAUAUCUGGGAAUGAAGAAAAUAUUAUUAAAUAAAUGCCUAUUUAGAAUUUCAAUGAAGUUAUAUCAGGCCAUUAGUUAACUAUUUUAGAAUUAGUUUCUUAGUAGUAGAAUUUGCAACAAUAGAAUUAUUGGAUUGCUUAAAUGAAACUGUUACAUGAAACUUUUAUUUAAAAAAAUUUAACUAUUGGAUAGAUACUCAAACCUAAAGAAAUUCCAGAAAAUUUAGAAUAAUCAAUUGAGAUCUCUUAUGAAGAAUUUACUUAAUCAUUUGGCAAAAAGUGCUGA